AGCGUUCGGCGAAGAAGAAAAAGAAGCUCAGCACAUUUUAUCGCUAUAGUCAACAUUUUAUUUUCGGCUAGCGAUGUUACUAAAUUCUGAAAUGGAAGCAUUAUGAACACCACCUUUGCCCAACGUAAGUCAUAUUUAUGUGACUCGCCAAGGGUUUAAACCCAGCGGAACUGAACAGCAGUACACAGUCAUGGACGAGGACAAAGCAGAGGCGCCGGAGGAGUUGCUGGCGAAGCAGCAACGCAAGGAAAAGAAGGACCUACAAGCUAGAAUCCAAAGCAUGAAAAAUGCAGUCCCCAAAAAUGACAAGAAAAGGAGGAAGCAGCUGACAGAGGACAUCGCCAAACUAGAGGCUGAACUCAACAAGAAACACGAGGAAGAGCUUGAACAGCUCAAAUCUUCAUCUGAAAAAGAAGUGGAAGAGGUGAUAAAUGGGGUAGAUUCCAUUCACGUGGUGGAUGAGCAAGAGAAAGGGGAGUUCAGACAGUCCCGUGUAACCAAGGCUCAGAAGAGAAGGGACAAGAAGGCAGCCCAGGAAAAAGAGAGGGAGAGCCGAAUAGCUGACGCAGAGGUGGAAAACUUGCUGGGUGUAAGGCACCAGGAGGGGUUAAAGCUGGGCCAAAAACUUGCCCAGCAACAGCUACAGAUCAAGGAGAUCUCCUCUGAUGGCCACUGUAUGUACCGUGCCAUUGAAGACCAGCUGGCACAACGAGCAGUGUCUGGUCUAAACCUGAGUCUGAAGGAAUUGCGAUCCCGUACUGCAGAGCAUAUGAGAGGCCAUGCUGAUGAUUUCAUACCCUUCCUCACCAACCCCAGUACUGGUGACAUGUAUACAACAGAUGAGUUUGAGAAAUACUGUAAUGAUGUAGAGCACACAGCAGCCUGGGGUGGACAACUGGAGCUGCGCGCACUGACCAAAGUCCUUCAACUUCCAAUAGAAGUGAUCCAGGCAGACUCCUCCACUGUGAAAAUAGGAGAAGAAUAUGACAGUAACCCCAUCACUCUAGUCUACAUGCGUCAUGCCUAUGGACUGGGAGAGCACUACAAUUCUGUGGAGCGUUUAAAGGAUCCAGCCAAUGAAGAGGGCAGCUGAGAGACGACGUAGUCAUGGCAUGAUGUAAUGCUGUUUAAAGCGGUGCUUCACCAGCCUCCUGUAUCAUGGGGGCCCCGAAAUACAAAUGUGUUUGCCAGGGGAUCGCCCUUUGAGGACAAAAUUGACUUGUAAUUGAGAAAAUGUUACCGUUUUCAGCUUUUACCGCACAGAGAAUGGUUCUUUUCAGUUGUGGAGGGAGCGAGAAGGUAACAGUGGGAGGAGUGACAUCUGAUGGAAUUAGUGCAGAAUUAGUUUCUGAAAACUGUAUUAUUUUGUUAACUAUUGAAUUGCAAACUUGAGAAACUCUUCAUUUUACGUUGGAACCCCCAAGCACCUCCAGGGUUCCCAAGAGUCCACCAUUGAAAACGGUAGGGGUCAUGUGCUUGCUCUUCUGUGAAAUCCACAAUGGUCGACUGUCAGAAUCAGAAUACUUUAUUAAUCCCUGAGGGGAAAUUGGACUAUGCUAUUUAACCUGAUGUUAACACAUUCAGUGAGGGAUUGGGUGAAGAAGCUUCACAAUGAGUCUUUGCAGUUAGGUUCAAGUUUGGUUGUAGUACAUUACAACAGUGUUAAAUAGACAUGAGUAUUGAUGAAUCAUGGUGUAUCAUUAUUUGGCUGUAAAUAUGUCUGAAAAGGAAAUAUUGGCUGCAAUCACAAUAACAUUCUCUUCAAUAUUUGACUGCAAAAGAUUAUUGUACAAUGUGUGAAAUCUAAGGCAACUAUAUCAUAUACAGUAAAACAGUAUAAACACUCCAGUGUGUGGUCUCUGCAUGUCUAAACACUUCUCUAAGCUGAGUGUGUAUUUGUUCAGAGGAUUAAAAUGUGUGU